GCUGGUGCGCAGGACCGCGGGCCUUUACCCGUGCUUUCCCACACCUGGAAGAACUCGUCAUGCUCUCUGUAGCGUGGUGCUUCUGUUGCUCACAGAGGUGCCUGCUUCCCCUUCUGCCAUGAUUGGAAGUUUCCUGAGGCCUCCCCAGCCAUGUGGAACUGACAACUUGCCUUUGAUGAUUUUCAAGAGAGUUGUGCUAUGAUGUGGCAAAAGUAUGCAGGAAGCAGGCGGUCAAUGCCUCUGGGAGCAAGGAUCCUUUUCCACAGUGUGUUCUAUGCCGGGGGCUUUGCCAUUGUGUAUUACCUCAUUCAAAAGUUUCAUUCCAGGGGUUUAUAUUACAAGUUGGCAGUGGAGCAGCUGCAGAGCCAUCCCGAGGCACAGGAAGCUCUGGGCCCUCCUCUCAACAUCCAUUAUCUCAAGCUCAUCGACAGGGAAAACUUCGUGGACAUUGCUGAUGCCAAGUUGAAGAUUCCUGUCUCUGGAUCCAAGUCAGAGGGCCUUCUCUACGUCCACUCAUCCAGAGGUGGCCCCUUUCAGAGGUGGCACCUUGACGAGGUCUUUUUAGAGCUCAAGGAUGGUCAGCAGAUUCCUGUGUUCAAGCUCAGUGGGGAAAACGGUGAUGAAGUGAAAAAGGAGUAGAGACGACCCAGAAGACCCAGCUUGCUUCUAGUCCAUCCUUCCCUCAUCUCUACCAUAUGGCCACUGGGGUGGUGGCCCAUCUCAGUGACAGACACUCCUGCAACCCAGUUUUCCAGCCACCAGUGGGAUGAUGGCCUCCCUAUUCCCUGAGACACAACAGUAUUGAAAUUGGGCCAAUUAAUAAUCCCACAGUGGCCUCUCACUAAAUGUGAGAGGUGAGGAAGCUGCAGGAGAAAAUUUGAAGCUAGCAGUGUUCAUGAGAUGUAAGUAAAGAAGCCAUCUCCAUAAAAGUACAACGUGACGCAGCAAAUGUUGAUGGAGAAGCUGUAGAAGUUACACAGAAGAUCUAGCUUGGACCAUCGAUGAAAGUGGCUACACUAAACAACAGAUUUUAAAUGUAGAUAAAAUAGCAUUUUAUUGGAAAAAGAUGCCAUCUAGGACUUUCAUAGUUAGAAAAACUCAAUGCCUGGAUUCAAAGGACAAGCUGACUCUUGUCAGGGGCUAGUGCAGCUGUGACUUUCAGUUAAAGCCAAUGCCCAUGGACUAUUCUGAAAAUCCCAGGGCCCUUAAGAUAUGCUGUAUAAACGCAACAACAAAGCCUGGAUGACGUUGGGUCUGUUUACAGCCUGGUCUACUGAGUAAGCCCACUGUUGAGACCUAGUGCUCAGAAAAAAUAGAUUUCUUUCAAAAUAUGGCUGGGUGCAGUGGCUCACACCUGUAAUCCCAGCACUUUGGGAGGCUGGAGCGGGUGGAUUGCUUGACGCCAGGAGUUCAAGACCAGCCUGGGCAACAUGGUGAAACCCUGUCUCAAAAAACAAAUCAAAAAACCAAAAUAUUGCUACUCAUUAACAAUGCACCUGGUUACCCAAGAGCUCUGAUGGAGAUGUACAAGGAGAUGAAUACUGUUUUCAUGCCUGCUAACACAGUAUCCAUUCUGCUGCCGAUAGAUCAAGGAGUACUUUUGACUUUCAAAACUUAUUAUUUAAGAAAUACAUUUUGUGGUUUCUCUGAUGGUUCUGGGCAGUCAGUUCAAAACCUUCUGGAAAGGAUUCACCAUUCUAGAUGCCAUCAAGAGCAUUCAAUUCACGGGAGGAGGUCAAAAUAUCAACAUUAAUUGGAAUUUGGAAGAAAUAGAUUCCAAUCCUCAUGGAGGACUUGGAGGGUUUCAAGACUUCAGAGGAGGAAAGAACUGUAGAUGGGCUGAAAAUAGCAAGAGAACUAGAAGUGGAGGGGCCUAGAGAUGUGACCGAAUUGCUGUAAUCUCAGGAUCAAACUUGUAUGGAUGAGAAGUUCCUUCUCAUGGACGAGCAAAGAAGGUGAUUUCUUGAAAUGGAAUCUACUCCUGGUGAAGAUGCUAUGAACAUUGUUGAAAUGACAAAAGAUUUAGAAUAUUCCAUAAACUUAGCUGUGGCCAGGGUUUGAGAGGAUUGACUCCUAAUUUUGAAAAGUUCUACUGUGGGUAAAUGCUGUCAAACAGCAUUGCAUGCUACAGAGGAAUCUUUCAUGAAAGAGUUAAUAAAUGCAGCAAACUUCACUGUUGUCUUACUUUAAGAAAUUGCCACAGUCACUGCAGGCUUCAGCAACUUAUCUUUUCCUACCCUCCUCUCGCAUUUAAAAGUACUUUUAAUGUAUGUACAUUAUUUUUAGGCAUAACACUGCUGCUCAUUUAAAAAAACUACAGUAUGAACCAUGUUAUAUGCAGUGGAAAGCCAAAAACUUCAUGUGACUUACUUGCUUGUAUUUGGUUUAUUGCAGUGGUCUGGAACUGAAAGUGAUGGGUAUUUCUGAGUUAUGCCUGUAUUUAAGAAGCUGAGUGAAACCCAAAGAAGUCCAUGAUAGGACAGACUUCUGAAAACUAAAGACAGAAAAAAGCUUGAAAGCAUCAAGAAAGAAGUGAAAUCUUAACUAGAGGGAAAAGUAACUCAGAUGACAGUGGAUUUCUCUCUGGAAACCAUGGAGGCCAGAAGGAAGUGAGACAAGUUCUUUUAGUGCCAGAAGAACUAUCAACUUGUGGCUGGGCACGGUGGCUCACGCCUGUAAUCCCAGCACUUUGGGAGACCAAGGUGGGCAGAUCACUUGAAGUCAGGAGUUUGAGACCAGCCUGGCCAACAUGGCGAAACCCUGUCUCUACUAAAAAUACAAAAAUUAGCCAGGCAUGGUGGCGCAUGCCUGUAAUCUCAGCUACUUGGGAGGCUGAGGCACGAGAAUUACUUGAACCCGGGAGUGGAGGUUGCAGUGAGACAAGAUCCUGCCACUGCACUCCAGCCUGGGCAACAGAGCAAGACUGCCUCAAAACAAAACUCUGUCAACUCCAAAUUCCUAUUUGGUGAAAUGAUCCUUCAGGAGUGAUGGGGUAAUAAAAACAUUCUCGGUUGAUAGGAAACUAAAAGAAUUUGUUGAAUGAGUCUACCCUAUAGACCUUGAAUAGACCAACCCUAAAGGAAGUUCUUGAACCAGAAAGGAAAUGUUUAAAAAAAAAAAGUUUUGGGAUGUCAGGAAGAACGAUGGAAACAGCAAAAAUACGGACUGUCUGCAUUGUCCUAGAGUAUAUGAAGUAACUACAAUUAACUCUUCGGUUACAAUGGAUUCCUCGGUUUCUGAUUUGUCGGUAUCUGAAUUAAUUUCAGGCACAGAAUGACCUUCUUGGAGGGCAUUUGCUUCUUCUAGUGCCUUUUCCAUCCUGAAAGAAGGCUCUUGAAUACUGCUCUGUGUCAACCAGGGGUGCUUUAGACAUUCUUCAGCAGUGGCUCGAUCUCUGUAAAGAUAUACAUGUUUUACAGUUAAGACAUGUUAGAACUUCAAUUAAAAUUAGAGCAUAAGUUGCACCUGGACUUGAUAUGAAAGUAACCAUCAGAAAAUCAACAGAGAUCUUAAACUUGCCUACCACAGACACCUGCAGGAAUAUACUAAGAAUCAUCAUAGUGGACCUUUAUUGUCUCCUGAGCACCCAUUCUUUGUUCUUUCAGAAACACAACUGGUUUUGAGAAUCCAUCCCUUCUUCACUCAGUCCACGUAAAGGUUAGGAUGGUAAAAGUGUUAUACCUCUUCCUCCAGAGUUGGAGCCUAUGACACUGAUGACACUGGCAUGGCAAGCCAAAGCCCUACACCCACCAGCACACUUACUGGUUCCAAAUUGAUCUACGCUGGUAUAAUCAGAGUGAAUCUCAGAACUUUGGACAGAGCUGUGAGCAGAGACUGACUUUCCUGCUGUCUCCAGGUAGCUGCAAGGCUGAACAGCAGCACCUAUUUUAUUACCAUCUUACUGUCAUUCAAAGAAGGCAGAGCUGAAGGCUGGAGAAAAACUGAGUACUAGCAACAGUUUUUGAACCCUGAAUAUUGUCAUAACUGAAGCUAGAAUUAUCCCUGGACUUGUUUGCCACUAAAAUUUCCUUGUUUUGCUUAUCCUGGUUUCAGCUGGCACCCUGAUCACUUGAAAGGAACAUAACUGAUAUACUGUCCUUUGUUUUUCUUUCCUUCCUCUUCUCCGCCUUUGACGAUUUUAAAUUAGAAAUCUACCUGCCUCUAAUCUCUUUAAUUUUCUCAUUUAUUUACUGCUGCCUAUUUUCCAAAACACUGCUUCUCAAAUAUUCCUGGCUCAAAAAUCAUCUACGUCUUCAUGACAUAUGAAACCCCUAGAAUCCAGCCUUUCCCCAGCUUUUAAUAUCUCCUAAUUGAUUUCUCAAUUCCAGUGAAAUGAUUCCAUUUUAUUUUUUUCCCAAACACAUCACAAAUAUUCCUAACUCUUGUGAGCAAUUUUCUCUUAUUCUUCUCAACUUAUCUAAAUCCUAACUUUUCAAAAGAUCUAGCUCAAGUUCUGUCUUGUCAUAUUUUGAGUUCCUUUCUUUGGCAUUGUAUUAUUAUGUAUCUUUCCAUGUACACAUGUGUGCAUUAUCUCUCUGAUAAAACUAACUGGCUAGAGGAUAGGAGUAAAGACUCAAUUCUAAUAUCCUUGUUACCUAAUAAUACACAAACGUGAAACAUGUUUGAAUAAAUCACUGUUAAAUAUU